AUGGCCAGGAGACCCAGGCACAGUAUAUAUAGUAGUGAUGAUGACGAUGAAGAUGUUGAGAUGUAUGAUCAUGACUACGAUGGUCUGCUUCCUAAGGCUGGAAAACGUCAUUUAGGAAAAACCAGGUGGACCCGUGAAGAGGAUGAAAAACUAAAGAAACUCGUGGAACAGAAUGGUACAGAAGACUGGAAAGUUAUUGCCAAUUUCCUUCCUAAUCGGACAGAUGUGCAGUGCCAGCAUCGAUGGCAGAAAGUACUAAAUCCUGAACUUAUCAAAGGUCCAUGGACUAAAGAAGAAGAUCAGCGGGUGAUAGAACUUGUGCAAAAAUAUGGCCCAAAGCGCUGGUCUGUUAUUGCCAAGCACUUGAAGGGGAGGAUUGGAAAACAAUGCAGGGAGAGGUGGCACAACCAUUUGAAUCCAGAAGUAAAGAAAACCUCCUGGACUGAAGAAGAAGAUAGAAUUAUUUACCAGGCACACAAGAGGCUGGGAAACAGAUGGGCAGAAAUUGCAAAGUUGCUGCCUGGACGAACUGAUAAUGCUAUCAAGAACCACUGGAAUUCUACAAUGCGUCGAAAGGUUGAACAGGAAGGUUAUCUUCAGGAAUCUUCCAAAGCCAACCAGUCAUCAUUAGCUGCAAGUUUUCAGAAAAACAAUCACUUAAUGGGAUUUGCUCACACUCCACCUUCUGCACAGCUUCCAGCAGCCACCCAACCCCCAGUUAACAAUGACUACUCCUAUUACCACAUCUCUGAGCCACAAAAUGUCCCUGGUCAAAUCCCAUAUCCAGUAGCACUGCAUGUAAAUAUUGUCAAUGUCCCUCAGCCAGCCGCUGCAGCUAUUCAGAGACACUAUAAUGAUGAAGACCCUGAGAAAGAAAAACGAAUAAAGGAAUUAGAGUUGCUACUAAUGUCGACUGAGAAUGAACUGAAAGGGCAGCAGGCAUUACCAACACAGAACCACACAUCAAGCUACCCAGGCUGGCACAGCACCACAAUUGCUGACAAUACCAGAACUAAUGGCGACAGUGCACCUGUUUCCUGUUUGGGGGAGCAUCACCAUUGUACUCCAUCUCCGCCAGUGGAUCAUGGUUGCUUACCUGAAGAAAGCGCAUCCCCUGCAAGGUGCAUGAUCGUUCAUCAGAGCAACAUCCUGGAUAAUGUUAAGAAUCUCUUAGAAUUUGCAGAAACACUUCAGUUAAUAGAUUCCGAUCCUUCAUCAUGGGGUGAUCUCAGCAGUUUUGAAUUCUUUGAAGAAGCAGACACUUCGCCUAGCAAAACUCCCUCAGGCAAAGUCUUACAGCUUCAGCAAAGAGAGGCCAAUGCGUGUAGACCUGAAGGACACCCUAGCACAAACUUGAGCAAAAUAAUGUUGAGUCAGGGUUCUCUUGACUCACCAAAGUCCUUAUCUGCCUCAAAAUGCAGCACAGCUCCGUUGGUCAUUCUUCGCAAAAAGAGAGGGCAUUCCAGCCACUUAGCCAGUGGCCACAGUAGCUCCUUCAUAUUUGCUGACGUCAGCAGUUCAACUCCUAAGCGCUCCCCUGUCAAAAGCCUACCCUUCUCUCCCUCGCAGUUCUUAAACACCUCAGCCAACCAUGAAAAUCUGGACCUGGACAAUCCUACUUUAACUUCCACUCCACUCUGUGGUCAUAAAGUGUCUGUUACAACACCACUUCACAGAGACCAAACUUUUAAGCCUCAGAAGGAAAACAAUAUUUUCAGAACUCCAGCCAUCAAGAGGUCAAUAUUGGAGAGUUCUCCAAGAACACCUACUCCAUUCAAAAAUGCACUUGCAGCUCAAGAAAUCAAGUAUGGACCCUUGAAGAUGCUGCCUCAAACUCCAACUCAUCUUGUAGAAGACCUGCACGAUGUUAUCAAACAAGAAUCUGAUGAAUCUGGAAUUGUGUCUGGGCUACAUGACAGUGGAAUCCCUUUGGUGAAGAAAAUCAAACAAGAGGUGGAGUCUCCAACAGGUAAAGCUGGAAACUUCUUUUGCUCAAAUCACUGGGAAGGGGAAAACCUGAACACUCAGCUCUUCACACAUACAUCUACUAUGGAAGAUGUGCCCAAUCUUCUUACUAGUUCCGUUUUAAAGAUGCCAGUGUCAGAAGAGGAUGAAAGCAUUCACAAAACAUUUGCAGUACCUAGAAACAGGCCAUUGGCUAGUCCGUUGCAGCAUCUGAGCAAUGCCUGGGAAUCAGCAUCCUGUGGGAAGAUAGAGGAUCAGAUGAUCCUUACCGAGCAGGCACGCAAAUACAUGAAUGCAUUUUCAGCCCGGACUCUGGUCAUGUAA